CCACACACCCCAGGCUGUCUCAUCUGGCACUGAUUAUCCUGCCGCCACUGCUGCUGCUGCUGCUGUUGCUGCUGCUGCUGCUGCUGCUGAAGUUAGCUGCUGCCUCUGGGCUGAGGACUGCAGCACAGUGCCCCUCGACAUGCUGCCCGCUGCCCCAGCCUCCCUCCUGGGGCCCCUCCUCACAGCCUGGGCCCUGCUGCCUCUUGCCCAGGGCCAGACCCCCAACUACACCAGACCUGUGUUCCUGUGUGGCGGGGAUGUGACGGGGGAGUCAGGUUACGUGGCAAGUGAGGGUUUCCCCAACCUCUACCCUCCCAAUAAGGAGUGCAUCUGGACCAUAACGGUCCCAGAGGGGCAGACUGUGUCCCUUUCCUUCCGAGUCUUCGACCUGGAACUGCACCCUGCCUGUCGUUAUGAUGCUCUGGAAGUCUUUGCUGGGUCUGGAACCUCAGGGAAGCGGCUUGGACGCUUCUGUGGCACCUUCCGGCCAGCACCUCUGGUUGCCCCAGGGAAUCAGGUGACACUGAAGAUGACAGCAGAUGAGGGAACAGGAGGACGAGGCUUCCUGCUCUGGUAUAGCGGGCGGGCCACCUUAGGCAACGAGCACCAGUUUUGUGGGGGGCGGCUGGAGAAGGCACAGGGAACCCUCACCACACCCAACUGGCCAGAGUCUGACUACCCCCCAGGCAUCAACUGUAACUGGCAUAUCAUCGCGCCCCCAAACCAGGUGAUCUUGCUGACCUUCGGGAAGUUCGACCUGGAGCCGGACACUUAUUGCCGGUACGACUCGGUCAGCGUGUUCAACGGAGCAAUGAGCGACGACUCCAAGAGGCUGGGAAAAUUCUGCGGUGACACCGCCCCCGGCCCCAUCUCCUCUGAGGGCAACGAGCUCCUGGUCCAGUUCGUCUCGGAUCUCAGUGUCACUGCAGAUGGCUUCUCAGCCUCCUACAAGAUGGUGCCGCAGGAUUCUGCUGACAAAACGCCAGCCCCGAGCCCAGAAGGGGAGGCCCAUCCCGGUGCCCCCCCUCUGGGCCCCAGCUCUAAGCCAGUAGCUGGACCCAAAGUCAAGCUACCCGCCAAGCCCAAAGUCCAACUUUUGGAAAAGUCAGAAGCUUCACCUGAGGCCCAGGGGAUUCCAGUGCGCCCCAAUGGCCCCACUGUCACCUGCCCAAAGCAGUAUCGAAGAACAGGCACCAUGCAGAGCAACUUCUGUGCCAGUGACCUGGUGGUGACAGCAACAGUGAAGUCCAUGGUUCGGGGCCCAGGCGAGGGCCUCACUGUCACUGUCAGUCUGAUCAGUGUUUACAAAAAUGGAGGACUGGACCUGCCCUCUCCACCCACUGACACCUCCCUGAAAUUUUACGUGCCUUGCAGGCAGUACCCACCCAUGAAAAAAGGAAUCAGUUAUCUGAUAAUGGGCCUGAUGGAUGAGAAAAGAGGUCCCAUCCUUCCUCCAGAGAGCUUUGUGGUUGUCUACCGGCCCAACCAGGACCAGGUUCUCACCAACCUAAGCAAAAGGAAAUGCCUGUCCCAACCUGUAAGGGCUGUGCAGUCCUAGGCCUGAGACUCAGUCCAGCCCCAGGUCCUUGGGUCCCUUUUCUUACCCAAAUAAAAGUUUCUUAUCUG